AUGGAGGACGGCUCGGUCAUUGUCCAGCUCUUCUGGCUCAAGGGAUCAACGCUCAAACCUCAGGACUUUUUGUUCAAGCGGCACGAUACUGCGUCUUUUGAAGACAUCUUGAAGCGAGCAGGUCUCGAAAAUAACGAGGAAUGGGGUCCAUCGUUGGCCUUCCGAAAAGACGGUCAAAGGCUCCAGAGUGGCCAGCUGUUUAUUUUGAAGGCAAACCUAGACGUUGGUAUCAAGGCCCCCGACUUUAAGCAUUUACAGAUUUUGUGGGAUCUUACCCGGGUUGCGGCCAUAUGUGGUGCGGUCAAUGAAACAAAUGAAUUGUUGGGUAAAGACGAAACGAAGGCCUAUUUAAAUUAUUGUGCAUGUGGAGGUGAGGUUGAAGAUGAAGUUGAGGGUGAGGAUGAGGAUGAGGAUGAGGGUGAGGAUGAGGAUAAGGGUAAAGAUGAGGGUGAGGGUGAGGGCGAUGAAUAG